AUGGCAGACCGCUUGCGCGCCUCAUCCUCAUCGGAGGGCUUUAUCAUCAUCUCUCACGAUGAUGUUGCUCCAGUCAAAAGCGGAAGUUCAUUGAACAAUGCCAUCACGGCGCACAUCUCAAGACCCAAGAUGCUUCCGCUUCACAUCAAAACCAAGCUUGACGAGACGACAACUUCGAUCCAAAAGUUCAAAGCCGUUAUGGACACCAAGUCUCUCGCCAAAUCCGCCAAGUCCACCAUCAAAGCUUCUUCGAAGCCUCUCGCCGCUAUCUAG